UUCAAUAUGGCGGAGGACGAGGAGUUGAAUUAUCCAUUAGAAGUUAUUUAUUGUGGAGUUUGUAGCUUGCCCAGUGAGUAUUGUGAAUACAGUCCAAGCUAUGACCAAUGUAAGGAAUGGUGGAAAGGCACUCAUCCAGAUGAAUAUGAAGACAUGAUUGCACAAGUGGCACAGGGUCUUGAAGAGUUAGAUGUUGCUGGAGCAAAAAAGAGACAGACAAGAGGAGGAAAAGGGGUUGUCAAAACUAAGAAGAAGCAAAGUACUGGACCAAAAAAGAUUACAGUUUCUCUGUCACAAAGAAGCAAGAAGAAAUAUGUCACUGUUGUGACAGGUCUGAAGACAUUUGAAAUAGAUAUAAAGAAAGCUGCCAAAUCAUUUGGACAGAAAUUUGCCUGUGGAACUUCUGUCACUGGUGAUGAUGAGAUCAUUAUCCAGGGCGAUGUUAAAGAUGAUCUCAUAGAUUUUAUACAAGAAAAAUGGCCAGAGGUGGAUGACGACAGCAUACAAGACUUAGGAACGAAAAAAUAACGUCUUUUCUUGGAAUUAGAAUAUUUGGUAAUAAAAUUAAUUGUAGCCAG